UAAAUUACAAUAUAAUUGUUCUUAAACUAUUUAGUUAGGUACAUUAUGUUAUUAAUUUAAAAAUAAAAAAUUUAAAUAUUAUUGUAUCUAUAUACAUACUUACUUCGUUUAAAUAACUAAAAAAUACUGACUCUUGACUUAAAAAUUGGUUAACCAUAAAAACUAGUUCAACUCAAAUGUAAAAAAAGUUAUAGAACGUAUGAAAAAAUAUAAAAAGGUGGGUAAGUGAAUGCCGCUCUGCUGUACAGUAGGUGACAAGUGGGUCACUGUAAUGGAUGGUGUUAAAUUUGAAUUCAAUGAUAUAAUAUCAUUGUAUAAGAAAAACGAUUCUGAGCGAAAACGGUCAGUCAGCCUAUGAUAUUACCAAGCUUAUUUGAUGAUAUUAUUGUGAAUAAAGUAAUUUAUAUAUAACCGAUUUAGGUACGCGGAACCUUGUUUUAAAUUUUCAAUACUUAGCUAUAAAAUUUGAACAUUUUAUAAAUUUUUAACUACAAAAUAAUUAUUAAAUUUUAAAUUUGAUACAUUUUGUCAAAAUUCGAACUUUGAAUCCUUAUAAAAAAAAAUUGUGCCUAUGUAUUUUUAAUAUUUUUCAACUGCUAUUGUAACGAUAUAUCAGGAGCCUUGCAUUACAUUUUCACGCUUUUUUACAUAAUAAAUAACAUUUGGUAUAUUUAUAGAAAAAAAAACUAAAAAAAUUGAAAACUGACAAUGUCCGUGAACUACUCAAAAAGAGUUAAAAUAUUUUCAAAAUUUUAUCGUGUGUAGAAAAUGCUAAUAAAAACAUUCAGUGAAAUUUUCAAGUAUCUACAGUCAUACGUUUUUUAAUUACAACUAAAUUAGAAAAUCGUUAUAUGAGAAAUCAAGUGAAUAUCAAAUGUAAAAAUAUGAAUUUCAAACGCUCAUAAAAAUUUAAUUUGACUUUCUUGUAGAAAUUUUUUUGUUUGAUAAAGGUAGACAAACUUAUGGAUAAUCUUGUAUUACAUUUUCACAUCUUAGAUUUAAAAAGAAAAAUUUUUAUGAGUUCUUAACUCAAAAUAAUUUGUUAAUUUUCAUGAUUUUUCCGUAUUUUGUCAAGAUUUGAACUUUAAAUACUUAUAAAUAAAAACUGUGACUAAGGAUUUUUAAUAUUUUUCAAAUGUCAUUGCAACAAUAUAGUAGGAGCCUUGUAUUACAUUUUCAAGCUUUUUUACCCAAGAAAAAAAGUUUUAUUGACAUUCAUAGAAAAAAAGACUAAUAAAAUUGUCAACCAGAAAAUGUUUCUAAACAGUUCAAAACAAAUAAAAAUAUAUUGAAAAUUUUAUCAUAUAUAGAAAAUGCAAAUAUAAACAACCAGUGAAAAAUUCAUGAAUAUACGUUAAUUUGUUUUAAAGUAACACCAAAAACUAAAAUUCGAUUUUGUCAAAAACCGAUUUUGCGUAAAAAUUCCCGUUUUUCCUUAAUUUUAUAUUUUGUUUUUCCUGGCGCUUUUGAAAAUUAUUGGGAAUUUUAAAUUUUGACCUCCCAAAAGUACCAACUAUAUUCACUUUCCCAUCGAACAAGAUACUGAAGUUGAAAAUCGGAGCAUUAUUUCGACUAUUAAUCGUGUACACACACAAAAAAAAAAACACAUCAUUGUAAAAUCAAUACAUUCAUUGCUCCGCUCAGAAUCUAAAAUUGUGUACCUAAUAAUUUUAUAUUAUGUAGGUACCCACUUUUUAAUAGGUAUUUGAAAAUGUCUGAAUAAUUAAUAUUUUGUACCAUUUUAAAUGAGUUUACUCUAUACGUCAUAAUAUUAUGUUAAGUUGUAUGAUUAGUUUAAACGUAUAUUUAUUUAUUUUAAUGUAACAACUAACACGUGAUCAGAAUUGGGAUAUUUAAUUAAGUAGGUAAAAGAUAAUGGACGAUAAUUCUAUAAGUUGAUACGUACUUAAUUCAAUGACAAAAUUAUAAAAUAACUCAAAUAAUUAUUAUAUAAUAUUAUAUUGAUCUGUAUAAAACGCUCGUAAAGUGAAUAUAUAGUCGCAGUUCGUAUAAACGUAUAAAAAUAUUCAUUAAAAUUAAAGAUUACAGUAGGAACUGCAAUUUACCUAUUAUUUCUAAUAUCUAUGUGUGCAUUUAAGUGUCAAGUGAAUUAUUUAUUUUAUUAUUCAGAAAACGGUCUUACAAGUAGGCCAAAUUCAGGCGGUUUCUGAACGGCUCGUGAAUGCCUGUACGUUCGACGGUUAACAAUCGCAGACUAUUACGAUCGUUAGGAAUUUUAAAAUUUCCUGACUAUGGCAUCAAAUGAAAACUGCCCUACAGAUUCAGGGGCAGUUUUUAAACAUAAUGGCUUCAAUACAAAUUCGAAGAAAGAACCAAUUAUUAGUGAUAAUUAUUUGCUGAACGCUGGAGAAGACGAUGAAAUGGAGAUUUAUGGAUACAAACGAAGUGGACCAAUGGCUAUGAUUAUAUGGAUUCUUAUAUUUUUGACUUUGGGAUUUAUACGUUUAUUAUUUCAUUGGUGGCCUCAUUGGGUAUUGUACGCUAUGUACAAAAGAUGUCCUCUUAAUAAAGCAGAACGUGUUCUUAUCGUGGAAAGUUAUGAAGGGAUGUAUAAAUCGUAUUUUGUAAGACCAGUAAAAAACGUGUCCAUCAAGAAAAUCAACAAAGAAGAACUGUUGUUAACCAAUAACAUAAGCAAAUUGGAUUCUAUUCCAAUUGAAGAAAACCACGUAGAAUUAGAAAUAAAAUCCAUUAGGAUACAUUUAAAUGAUGGAUCAUGUCAAGAUGUAAGUCAAAUUAGAGCAGUUGAAAUAAAAAAGAUCUGCUACGUAUGGUGUGAUAUUCAAGGGAAAUUUCAAAAACUUGUCGGUUUGGAUCGAGGUUUAACAACGGCACAACUACAUACAUAUAAAGGGUACUCUGUGCAAGAACAAUUAAUCAGAAAAUGCAUUUAUGGAGAAAACAAAAUCAAUGUACCUAUUCAAAAUAUAUUGUCACUGAUAUGGAUGGAAGUUCUUAAUCCUUUAUACAUUUUCCAAGCUUUUUCUCUUGUAGUAUGGUUUUCAGAAGGUUAUGUGUAUUAUUUAGGAGCUAUAGUUAUCAUGUCAGUUUUUGGAAUAACAUCUUCAGUUAUACAAACUCGUGCGAACCAAAGAACUUUAUUAGAAACUGUAAAUACACUAGACAAAGUGACAGUAUGCCGUGAUAUGGGUGGACCAAAUUCUGAAGCUAUUUAUGAAGACAUUUCCACAACAGAUUUGGUACCGGGUGACAUAAUUGUUGUACCUAGAAUUGGAUUUGAAGUACCAUGUGAUAUAGCUUUACUUUGUGGAACGUGUGUCGUUAAUGAAAGUAUGCUAACAGGUGAAAGUGUACCAGUGCUCAAGACUGCAUUACCUAAUAUAAAUCUCUUAUACAAUGAACGUGAAGACGCAAAUCAUACUUUAUUUUCUGGAACCAAAGUUCUGCAAGCACGAUAUUUUUCUGAUAGAAAAGUUCACGGAGUAGUCUUAAGAACGGGUUAUUUGACAGCGAAAGGAUCAUUGGUAAGAUCAAUUCUAUAUCCUCCACCGGCUGACUUUAGGUUUGAUAAGGAUACGUAUCGUUUUAUUUGGAUUUUGGCUGCUGUUGCGACUUCUGGUUCAAUUUAUACUGCUGUGUCAAAGGCAUCUAGAGGGUUGACAGUAUUUGACAUCCUAGUUAAGUCUUUGGAUCUGUUUACAAUAGUUAUUCCACCAGCACUCCCAGCUGCAAUGACGGUUGGAAGACUAUAUGCAUUACGAAGACUUCAAAAUCAUCAUCUUUCUUGUAUGAAUUCGAGAGUUAUAAAUGUUUGUGGAUCAAUAGAUUGCAUAUGCUUUGAUAAAACAGGAACAUUGACAGAAGAUGGUUUGGACAUGUGGGGGGUAGUACCUGUCGAAAAUAAUCAUGAACUAGGUUCACCUAUUCGAGAUGUAACAACAUUGUCUAACGAUCAUUCAUUGAAAUUGGGUAUGGUGACUUGUCAUUCAUUGACGCUACUAAAUUCAACCGUUUCAGGAGAUCCACUUGACAUAAAGAUGUUUGAGUCAACGGCUUGGUGUCUUGAAGAACUAGAAGUUUCAGAUGCUUCGAAGUUCGAUGUAUUAGUACCCUCAAUUGUGCGAAAUCCAACCACUUCAAAUGACGACAAACAAAUAGAAAUCGGUCUUAUACAUCAAUUUCAUUUCUCGUCAUCACUGCAACGAAUGAGUAUGAUUACAAAAACUAUUGGUGACCCACGUUUUAUUGUUUACACAAAAGGGUCGCCAGAAAUGAUUCAGUCGUUAUGUAUUCCUAGCACUGUGCCUAGCAUGACUAAUACUGUAUUACGGGAAUAUACUGAAGAAGGAUAUAGAGUUAUUGCUCUUGCUCAUAAAGUUCUUCAAAAUUGCAACUUUGUACAAAUUCCGAAAUUAAGACGAGAAGAAGUUGAGUGUGAUCUAACUUUUGCUGGUUUAGUAAUUUUAGAAAAUCGGCUAAAAGACCAAACUACCCCUGUUAUUGAAGAACUUCAAGGGGCGAAUAUGAAAAUCAUUAUGGUUACAGGUGAUAACAUCCUAACAGCUGUAAGUGUAGCUAAAGAAUGUGGAAUAGUUUUACCAUCAAAGACAGUAGUUGACGUAACAGCUGACGAAAGUCAAGGAUGUAGUCCAAAAAUAUACUAUACAGCUAGUGGUAUUACAUCACCAAUGAGAGCUACAUCCAUGUUUGAAAACUAUCAUUCUAAUAAAAAUGAUUUAGAACUAGAAGCUCGAGUCAACGGAGAUUAUAGCUUUGCGAUGACUGGACGAACGUGGGCUAUCAUUAGAGAUAAAUUUCCUAUUCUUCUCCCUAGGAUACUAGUUAAGGGAGCUAUAUUUGCUAGAAUGACAUCCGAACAAAAGCAACAGUUAAUACAAGAACUACAAUAUAUUGGUUAUCAUGUUGCCAUGUGUGGCGAUGGUGCGAACGAUUGCGGAGCAUUACGAGCAGCACAUGUUGGAGUUUCAUUAUCAGAAGCAGAAUCGUCAGUAGCAUCACCAUUUACAUCACACGUAGCAAAUAUUUCAUGUAUGCCUCGUAUCAUUCGAGAAGGACGAGCAGCUCUUGUGACAUCGUUUGGAAUUUUUAAAUUUAUGGUUCUCUAUAGUUUGUUGGAGUUUACUUCAGCGUUUAUUUUAUACAACAUAGACAGUAACUUGACGGAUUUUGAGUACUUGUUUAUUGAUAUUGGUUUGGUGGUAAACUUUAUGUUCUUUUUCGGUAGAAAUGAAGCCUUUCAGGGAUCGUUAUUUAAAAAGCCUCCAUUAACAAGACUGUUGUCAUUUAUCCCUUUAUUUUCGAUGGUCGCAAACCUACUCGUAAUGGUAUCAACGCAAGUUUUAUCUUUUUACUUGGUACAUAAUUUUUCUUGGUUUAAACCAUUCGACUAUACUCAUCCAAAAGAGUAUAAAUGUUAUGAAAAUUUUGCAGUUUAUUCAGUUUCUCAAUUUCAAUACAUAAUAUUGGCUCUAAUAUUUUCAUACGGAAAACCAUAUCGAGGACCAAUUUAUAAAAACACAGUCUUUUUCUCUAGUUUACUAACUAUGACGGCUGUUUGUUCAUAUGUAACUUUGUUCCCAGCUGAUUGGAUUAAAGAAUUAUUACAAUUGCAAUUUCCUCCGUUUAUGGAAUUCCCAAUAAUUGUGGUUACAUUAGCUGUAGUUGAUUGUAUUUUAUGUCUGGGCAUAGAGUAUUUCAUUGUUGAUUAUUUGCUAACAAAAAAAUUAAAAUUGGGAUCAUAUGAAUCUAAUAAUGAACACAUAUAUCAUUCAGUAAAAGCCGAACUAGAUUCUUCUCCUGGGUGGCCACCUAUUUGCAAACAUCAACCAAUGAUUACUUCGUCGUCUUUAGAAUGUAUGCGUAAGACUGAAAUUGACACAGAACAGUUUGAACGUCAAGAACGAGUUAAAACAAUGAGCACUAAUUUAUAAAUUGUAAUGGCAUGAUCAAUCUUUAGUUUAGGAUUGAUAAGUCAAAGGAAAUAAAUUGCUUUAAAGUUUGCAUAUUAUAUAAAAACGGAUAACGAUUUACCAGGUUUACAAAUGCACUAUUAUACUUGUAGUCCAAUGUAACAGUUACCACUAUUAAGUAAUUUCCUCAUAGAUAUUUUUAAGAAAAUAAUUGUAACUGUUCAUUUUUUUGAACUAUCACUUAUGAUUCAUUCAUGUAUAUUUUUUUUAUAACAUAAUUGUGCAUGGUAGUUCUACAUCGAAGACCUUCAAAAUGUCUUAUAAAUGUAUAAACGUGUGACACUAUUAAAUUAUAAAAUAUUUAUAUUUAUA